GAUGUUCCUCGUCUGAUACGAAGACGAUCCAAGUCCCUCACCUUUCAACCCUUCAAAUCCAAUCCCAUCAUCUACGCCGAAACCAAACACGCACACACACUCUCUCUCUCUCUCUCUCUCUAUAUAUAUAUAUAUAUAUAUAUAUACAUAAAAAUAUACUCUUUACUUGUUUCAGGUCCAAGCUAAUUCGCCAUGGCCGAAGGUGGCAAAGGGUCUCCAUACGAAGAGGCAUUGGAUGCUUUAUCGUCUUUAAUCACGAAACGAAGUCGUGCCGAUAAGAGCAACAAAGGGGAUCGAUUCGAUGUGCUCUUUGAUUAUCUCAAGAUGCUGGAUUUGGAGGAUGCAAUUUCCCAGAUGAAGAUUAUCCAUGUAGCUGGUACAAAGGGAAAGGGAUCUACCUGCACAUUUGCAGAAUCUAUACUACGUAAUUGUGGAUUCCACACUGGACUUUUCACAUCCCCUCAUCUCAUUGAUGUCAGAGAAAGAUUCCGAUUGGAUGGUGUGGACAUAUGUGAAGAGAAAUUUUUAGCAUAUUUCUGGUAUUGUUUUGAUAGGCUAAAGGAAAAAACUAAUGAGGACAUACCAAUGCCUACUUAUUUUCGUUUCCUUGCCUUGCUUGCCUUUAAGAUUUUUGCAGCAGAGCAGGUAGAUGUUGCUAUCUUGGAGGUGGGGUUAGGUGGAAAAUUUGAUGCUACAAAUGUGGUUCAGGCACCUGUUGUAUGUGGUAUAUCUUCCCUAGGGUAUGACCACAUGGAAAUUCUUGGAAAUACUCUAGGAGAAAUUGCUGGGGAGAAGGCUGGUAUCUUCAAGCAUGGUGUUCCUGCAUUUACUGUGCCUCAACCUGAUGAAGCCAUGAGUGUACUUGAAGAGAAAGCUUCUCAGCUGGAUGUACAUCUUCAAGUGGUGCCACCAUUAGAUGACAAUUUGUUGAAUGGUCAAAAACUUGGGCUUGUAGGUGAUCAUCAAUAUCUUAAUGCUGGUCUUGCUGUUGCACUAUGCUCAACUUGGCUUCAGAAGACUGGUCAUAGUGAAGUUUCCUACCUUGGACAAACUAAUCCUCUGCCGGAGCAGUUCAUAGAAGGGUUGACAACAGCCAGUUUGCAAGGACGGGCUCAGAUUGUUUCUGAUCCUUAUAUUGACACUGAAAGGACUGGAGAUCUCGUAUUCUACUUUGAUGGAGCCCAUAGUCCAGAAAGCAUGGAAGUAUGUGCAAAAUGGUUUUCUCUUGCCAUCAAGGAAGAUAGUCAGCAACAGAUAUUGAAUUAUCAGCCGCAGGAUAAUUCUCAGUCCUCUCAUGAAUGGGUACAGAGGCACCUUGAUAAAACAGCUGAGAAGAAUUCCGCACAGAUACUGCUGUUUAAUUGUAUGACAGUGCGGGAUCCCAAUGUUCUUCUUCCUCGUCUGUUGAAAACAUGUGCCAUUCAUGGUGUCCACUUCAAGAAGGCUCUUUUUGUGCCAAAUGUAUCUGUGUAUUACAAGGUGGGAUCUCAUUCUUUACCACCAACUGAUUCUCAAGUUGAUUUAUCAUGGCAGUUCACUCUUCAACGAGUAUGGGAAAACCUGAUGCAGACAAAUAAGGGAGGUGAAGAUAAGAGCGCAGAUGUUGAUGAAGAUUUAAAAGUUGAUACAGCUAUUUGUGUCAGAAAUGGUGAAAAUAGUGCAGUAUUUGAUUCUCUCCAGUUAGCUAUUAAAUGGCUCAGGGACAGUGUUCAACAAAAUAAAUCUAUUCGUUUUCAAGUCCUUGUAACUGGUUCUUUGCAUCUUGUGGGUGAUGUAUUGAGAAUAGUCAAGAAGUGAGGCAUUGAGCCGAAGAAUUGCAGCUACGCAAAGAAUGGGAUGAUCUUAAUUUUGUAGUGUUCCAACUACGCAAAGAAUGGGAUGAUCUUAAUUUCGGGUUGUCCAUGGUAUCAAGUUGCUGCAAAUUUGCAUCGACUGUGCAAUGAAUUUACCAAAACUGGUGGCUGUACGAAGUCAACUUCUGCAGUUAUCAAGAAGAUUAAUUCCAUUUUGUUAGUACGAAUUCAAUUAUGACACAUCACCGAGGCAAUUCUUCUUGUUUUUGUAACCCAAAAAAAAAUCUGUAGUUCCAAAAUGGAGAGUAUUGCUUUUAAGUUUUACUUUUAUCGCACAAUUGCUUAUAUGUUAUUUCUGUGAACUUUUGAAAAUAAACAGUUUAACAAGAAUUUGCUUACAGAAGUAAAUUCAAAUA